UUAUACUCAGUUGUCAAUUGUCAUUUCUAGCAGAAAACAGAACAGAAACUGAAAUGGCUCCGAAAGGAAGACAGAUGAAGACAGUGACUACUAUUUUGUUUGAUUUGGACAAUACUUUGAUUCCAACAAAACAUGGUGACAGAAAAGCAAUUGAAAAGACGGCUAGAAUACUCACGGAUAAGUACUGCAUGCCAGAAGAGGAGGCAGCGUCAGUCACGUCGGUGUUCCUAAGAAAUUUCAGGUUAUGUCCGCAUAAUGAAAAUGAGAAAAUUGAUGAAUGGCGUAUAUUUCUGUGGACCAAUGCUCUGACAGAUCAAUACAAAUGGGCAGCUAAGGAGAUCUACUCGGAAUGGAUCCGGCUUCGCUAUGAGUGCCUGGCGCCCGGGUCGGGAGUCAUUUCCAUGCUGAAGAAGCUGCGCUCCAAGUACAGCGUCGGCCUCAUCACGAACGGCACCUCAGAGUCCCAGUGGGAGAAAAUCAACCAGCUCAAGUUGCGCACCUAUUUCGACUGCAUACUUGUCUCUGGCGACCUGCCUUGGCAGAAGCCCGACAAACAUAUUUUCUACCGGGCGUGUGAACUGAUGUCGGUGAAUCCAGGUGACUGCAUCAUGGUUGGCGAUAAGAUGGAAACAGAUAUAAUCGGCGGCAAAGCGGCUGGAGUCCUGGCCACCAUUUUGAUCUCUCCGAAUCCAUCUCUGAGUUAUCUCAAUUAUCCUAGGCCUGAUUAUGUGCUGGAAAGCUCCCUUUUACUUCUAAAUCUGCUGCACAAUCAGCCAGAAUUGGAUGUCAUGGAUGACUCCAAUAGCAAUAGUAGCGAUGGAAGCUGAUUCUUUUCUUGCUCAUCUUCUAACUCAACUCUCUUUUUAAAUUUAGUAAUUUAUCAAGAAUGCCAUAUACAUCGCUAGCAAUACUGCUAAAUUAAUUUUCACAUUCAUUUUCUAUUAUAUCAUAAGCUAUAGUAUGUAGCUUAACAAAUUAUAAUUCUCUAGUAUGUUUUUAUUUUUUUCCAAGUUUUGAUGUCUGUGGAUACUAUGAGGGUUUAUUUCCACUGAAAGUUUCUUUUUUAGAUUUUUCCUAAUUAGGUAUAGAUAGACUUUUACUUAAUCGUUCAAAGUUAAAUAGAAAUCUGUAUAUUUUUAUAGAAAAGUCAAUCCCAAAUUGAACUAAUUUGUACUACGAAUAAUAGACCUAUUUAUUAACUUGUAGGUACUAUUGGAUCUAUUUACAAACUUUCUUUGAUUUGUCGACUAUUAUUUUCUCUCGGGUGAAAUCUGCAGUGUUUUGGAGUUUGUCUGAAUACUCGUAGAAAUAAGUAACUCAAUGUACCUGUCUGUACCUUAUUCGUCCUACUUAGAUUUAAGCAUCAUACUAACAUAAUCAAGUAUAUUCCAAGGUGUUACUGGUAGACUUUUUAAACUAUUUUUCAAUCCUUAACUUUAGUUUGAGUGAAUAUUCUUUUUCUACAUGAUUGUCUCAAAAUUUCUUGACUGGAUGGUAGUAUAAAAUAUUGUGUUACCUGUUUAACUCAGGUAUAUUCUAGAGAUAAGAAGGACUUUGUAAAUAAAAAUUUAUUUAAUUGUAACAGCAUUCAAUAUCAAUAUUUAGUACAAUACUGGUUCGUUUGAAUUUUGAAGAAGUGAGUCUCAGACCUCAGAUUGUACAUUUUCCCGUCUGUUACUUUAUUUUUCAGGUAACUUUUUUGUUGUUACCUAUAAGUGUUAUUCCAAUUAUUUAAUUAUUGUGAUCGGUUAGGUUUUUUCUCUAUGGUUUCUUAGAUCAGUCAAGAAUUCAGUAGUUUUAAAAAAGGAAAAUAUUAUUUUAGAAGAUAAUUAGGAAUGAUUUGUACUUAAAUCUGGAAAUCUACAUUUCUUGAAGCAAUAUCCAUUUUAAUGCCUGUAUUUUAUUGUUUGCAAUUCAAACAUCUGCAAUAGCCACAAUAGGAGUUAUUUUUUUGGUGCUAAUAAUAAAAAGAACAUAAAAUUAUAUAUUUUGUGUACAUUAUCAUUAAAUGUACUGAUUAUGAUAAUCAAGAUUUUAUCCUGAUUGUUUACAUACUGGGAAGAAGAAAGUGGUGAUUAUGUUCGUAUUUCCAUAGUUUUUAUACGAUUUUCCUUGUAUUAGUAUUACUUGAUAAAAUUUGAAUUUAUUAGAUCUGGGAUUGUUGCUCUACUUAUAAAGAUUUUUUAUAAAAGUGAUAAAUUUAUUGAAUGAUCUUGUUCUAGAAUAUGGAUGGGAACUAAACUUAUCCUUUUUUAAUGAUCCAUUGGAUAUUCUAAAAUGAAAAUGAUUCUGCGAAUAAUUAAUUUUACUCUCAAAAAUUUAGUUAUUGCUUUUCAUUUUCUAGACAAAUGUUUUUAUUGUUUACAGCAUAGAUUUAGUCAAAUGUUUUACUUGAUCAAGAUUUGUCCUGGAAUAUAUUUUGAUGGUUAAAAUUAACUGAAUUCACUUUCAUUUCAAUACUAAUGCAAUAUAACUUGGCAAAAAGUAAUUAAAUAGGCAAGCGUGAAGAUGCAAUGUUUUGUUCUCUUAAAUUUUCAUUAAUCAAAGAAUCACUAUCUUCAAAAUAUAUAGGCCUCUUGAGUUUUUACCUCUCAAUGCAAUACAUUAUUUUCAGUAAUUCACUGGCUGUGAGAAAAUUGUGAACUUUAAUAUUAUAAGAGUCAGUAUGAGUGCGAGUGUUUCAAAAUGAACAUAAUAUUAGAGUGAUAAGAAAUAGAAAAACGUCUACUAAGUUUUUGUAUUCUAUAGUGUAGGUAGUUCAGGUUGUCUCAAAUUACUAAUAUUCAAACAUAGUUUUUCAUCAUCCACAAAAAAGUGAACUAAGAUUAUCAAUAAAUUGUUUACAAGUUAUGAUACCCUGCAAAUGUUUAUUUAUUGGUGUAUUAUCCUAUUUGUCUAUUAUGAUUGCUUUAUUGGAAUAAAAAGUUUUGGUAAAAACUAAUAAUGGUUUGAAUUUAAUUUAAAUCAUUCGCUUACAAAAAGGAAGUAAAUAAUAUUGAAAUUGAAAUAAGGAAUAUUGAUAAAAUAAGUAGUAUACAAGUGUGUCUUCAAGGCAUGAUUCUUAUUGUUUAUUAUCAAGUUGAUUGUCAAGAGUUAAUUAUUAUUACUUUUCUGCGGUGUAAGGUUGUUUUAUAUUUUGAAAGAUCACCUCCAGAUGGUUUUCAAAUAUUCUGGUUUCUACUUUGAAAUUCAAAGUCUAUGCAUGAUUAAUCAAAUACAAUGAUAAAAUAUUACACAAGUGUAUGUCUAUAAAUUUCAGUUAAUUUUCAACGAAUAGUAAAGCUUUGCGGAUAAUUGAUAAAAAGAACUGGUGUUGGAACUUGUGAGAGGAUAACAUACUAUAAAAGUGUUUUUUAAUGUUCCAAGUCAUAUAAUUAUCAUCUCCAGAAUAUCUAUAUGAAUUUUUACUAUAAAGUGUUCAUCUUUUCAAAUUAUCGCAUCAUUUAGUGAUAAUAAAGCAAUUUGUAGUAUGAUUUUGAGUAUGAGAGAAAGUACAAGGAAUUAGAAAAGAAGCUAUAUUGAGUUUCGUUUUGAAUUACGCAUCAAGAAAAGUGUAAUUAAUAAUCAAUCUUUAAAUAUUUAUGUGAAACAGAUAAAUGAGUUGUGUCUGAACAUUUAUCAUUACAUACAUAUGCAGUUCAAGUACAAUUAUUACCAGUAAUCAAUAAUAAAAUAAUUCAAGAAUUUUUAUAUGCACAUAAUUAUUAUUAAAUACCGAAUAAUUAACAUAAUAGCUUGAUUGAAGAAAUGUUAUUCCCAAAUAUUCAUAAUAAGAGUUGUCUAACAGAAACUUUUUUUGAAUGAUUAUUUUAUUAAUUCAAACUGUAAUUUUUAAACAUUUUUAUCAGUUCGUAUCACUUCAAUAAACUAGAGCUAGGUGGAUCUCAAUUUCAAAUAAUGAUUUUAUUAUAGAAUCAGAAAAAUAGGAUAUGAAAAAUAUGUCGUAUGAAAGGUGAAUAUAUUAAUAUAUAUGUAUUGAAAGGUGAAUGUUUAAUAUUUAAUAUAUUCCGUUCUGUUCUAGUGGUGUAGGCUCUAUAACUGGAGUCGAAUGAAUAAUCACUUUCAAUGAUGAUUGUAAUCUUGAAGACUGAUCUACCGUAUAUUAUUAUAAAAGAGAAUUUGAUCUUGAAAUAUUCCUGGAGGUUCAUUUAAUUAAUAGAUUUUACCCUCCAACCCACAAAUGGAGUAAAUCACCGCACUUUUAAAGCAUAUUUAGAUUCGCAUGUAUAAUAUUUUUUGCAUUCUGUAGCGUACUUUAUUAACAAUGCUAGCAUAUUUUGUAAAUUAAAGGUAAUAACAUAGAACCUAAUUCUAUCGUGUCCCCAUCAAUAAAUUUAUGAAAAGAAUGUUUGCCAUCGCUAUCAAUGAUUGUAUUGUACUUUUUUUAAUAAAAUAAAUAUUAAAU